AUGACAUUUGAAGCGAUGGUUCGACUCAAGUUGUCGUGUCUGUUUCUGUGCGUUAUCGGGUUCUCAAUCGUUACACUGCUGUGUUUAUAUCUCCCCGACAAGCAGAUCACGUAUAACAUUGGUGGGUUGUCGGCCCUUAAUGCCAGUAUUUUACCUGGCAGCCAUUCGGUUCAACUGUUUCAAACCAAGAAAAAUGAAGAAGUGGUAAUAGCUGCCGUGAUUUGUGGAAAUCGUACGUCCCAAGCAUUAGUUAUGAUUAAAUCAGCAAUUGUCUUUCGAGGUAAUUCAGAUUUGAGAAUUGUAGUUAUUGCUGAAAAAAACAUUCAACAAGAAUUUGAUGAAACUUUACGAGAUUGGAGACUAUUGACUAAUGAUUCAUUUUCGUACGAGAUACAUAGCAUUAUCUUUCCUAAAGAACACUCCGAUGAAUGGAGAAAACUAUUUCAGCCGUGUGCAUCUGAACGUCUUUUUUUGCCAACGGUUUUAAAACAUUUAGACUCAAUUCUCUAUGUAGACACCGAUACCUUAUUCUUAAGCAGCAUUGAAGAUGUAUGGAAACAUUUUUCUCAAAUGAAUUCUUCCCAGUUGGCUGCUAUGGUACCUGAACAUGAAGACAUGAAUGUCGGGUGGUACAAUAGAUUUGCCAAUCAUCCAUAUUAUGGAAAAUUAGGAUUGAAUUCUGGUGUCAUGUUAAUGAAUCUCACCCGUAUGAGAGAAUUUGAUUGGAUAAGUCGGCUGGCACCUGUUUUGGAAAAAUAUAGACUAUACCUUACUUGGGGAGAUCAAGAUAUUAUAAAUGUAAUUUUUCACGAUCAUCCAGAUAAGGUUUAUGUAUAUCCGUGUCGAUAUAAUUAUCGUUCUGAUCAUUGUAUGUAUAUGAGCAACUGCAAGUCAGCUGAAGAGGAUGGAGUGGCAGUACUUCAUGGAUCUCGUUCUACAUUUCAGACUAACAAACAGCCUGCAUUCCGAGCAUUAUUUAAUGCCAUGUCCCAAUAUCAACUCGGAAGUGAUCCAGUUAAAUACCUAUUGGAGGAAUCUGCCAGUCUACUGAAUGAGACUACAUCAACCAACUGUGGACGUCUUGCUCCCAUAUUUACACACAAUAUGAGACUCAUGUUUCAAACAGUAUGA